UGUUGGUUACAUACGCGAGUGUGCUUCGGGCUGGGUGAAGGAGAUCUUAUGUUCGCGAAAGCUUCGCUGCACAUGGAUCUCCUGUGGUUUGUUGCGUGCUUGACAUGUUUCCGCAAAAACAAGCUGGAAGAAUUCGGCCAAAUAUAGUUGCGUUUACCUUUGGACCAGGGACGGCGUGUGCCCUCUCCGUUGCGGUCACCCGCUGGAGGACUGUUUUUGUUCCGGUUUGAAUUUUCAUGGUACCCUUUCCGUCCCGCGCAGAUGAACGUCUAUGGUACUCUUCCAUAAGGGGGCCGAGGAAAACCUCACCAGCGACGAGCUCUGGCGCCUCGCCUCCACCGCGACCAAGAAACGAUUCCAGAUCCUAAGCCAAGACCUGGAAACCCGCCGCGCCCGGCUAGACCGAAGGCUAAGGGACGAAAAACGCCGCAAGCCUUCGUCGAAAACCGGCGCGGGGGGCAAGGGCGGCCGCAGGAACGGUGCUGGUACCGCAGCAGCAGCGGCGGCGGCUAGCGGGGAUAGGGCGGCGGCAGUGGCGGCGGCGGUGGCGGCGGCGAAGAGGGAGCGCGUGAAGGGCCUGAGCGCCGACAGCCACGCACUCCAGGACGUUCAUCAGUUGAUCGACACCAUGCUCACAGACUGGGACGUGAAGAUCACCGGCGACGAGGGCCCCGCCGUCGUCGACCCGUCCCCCCCCCUCAGCACCGCCUCCAGCGCUAACAGGAGGGGGGGAGCCUCCCCCCCCGUUCCCGCCCCCGUCCCGCCUCCCGCAAAAGAGUCCUCGUUGGCAGGGGUCGGAGGUCCCUCAGUUGCAGCGGCGGCGGCGGCGGCGGCGGCGGCGGCGGCGGCGGCGGCGGUAGGU